AUGCCUGCUCAACUUACUGGUGCCAUCUCGGCCGCAAGCCCAAUACACAUUGCAACAAACGACCUCGCAAACAACGUCUACCGCAAACAACACAAACACUCCCGCUCGUCUUAUUCUGAAUCUUCGCCCCUCGCUGGCUCCAGGAACAAUUCCCUAACCUUUCGCCCGCCAAAAAGAUUUAUGCAUUCGCCCAACAAGACAAUCGCCGUUAUCAAUGCCGCUGGUAGACAAGCCGCGUCUCUGAUCCGCAACGCAACGGCCGUCGGAUACCAUGUGCGCGCCCAGCUGAGGAAUCUCGAGGGCGUCAUAGCCACCGAGGUGUCAACCAACCCCAAUGUCACCGUCAUCGUUGGGGAGCUGUACACGAGGCACCAGCCUACCGAGGAAAACAAGGAUGUCACCCAGAGCGGCCCCCUCUCCGGUGUCGGCGUCAAUCAUGAGUUAAUAUCGAAUCUCUUCCGUGGCGCUCAGCUCGCCUUCAUCAACACCACCUUCUAUGGCGACGAGCUGGAGAUCGGCCGCGCGCUCGCCGACGCCGCCAAGAAGGCCGGUGUACAGCAUUACAUAUAUUCUUCCAUGCCCGACCACGGCGCCUAUAACCCCGAGUGGCCUUCACUGCCACUGUGGGAGAGCAAGCACAAGGUGGAAGACUAUGUACGGCAGCUGAGGCUGCCCGCUACAUUUGUGUACACAGGAAUUUACAACAACAAUUUUACAUCGUUGCGCUAUCCCCUAUUCUGCAUGGAGCUCCAGGACGAUGGGUCCUUUGUGUGGCAGGCGCCAUUCCACGAGGAUGCGAAACUGCCCUGGUUGGACGCGGAGCACGAUGUCGGCCCCGCUAUUCUGCAACUAUUCAAGGACGGUGUCUCCAAGUGGCACAACGAACGCAUCGCUCUCGCGUACGAGUAUCUCUCCCCGAAGGAGGCGUGUGAGGUCUUCUCGCGCGGCGUCGGGCGCCCAGUGCGCUAUGUCAGAGGCGCCAUUGAGGUCAAGGUGCGAAUUCCGACUGGAUACCGGGAACAGCUGGAAGCCCUAGAAAAACUCUUCCGCCCAGACGAGCCAGACGCGAAGAAGCAGCCGCCAUACUUUGGUGACGCCAAACUGGAGGCGAGCUGCCCCUCCGAGGCAUGGGAGCUGUGGGAGGGUCCCCGUGGACUGGAAGAAUACGCCCGCGAGAUGUUUCCGCUGGAGGAGGAGGCCAAUGGAUUGACGUGGAUGCUGGAUCCCGAUGAGCUGGACGGUGGUGACGAUGGUGUUCAGGCCACCGCCACCUCUGUCGAGCAGUUACGAAUUGACGAUGACCAUGACGACGAGGAUGAAGAAGACGAGGGCUUGGUGAUGCGGGGAAACAAAAGAGACGAGGAGCAGUGGCUUGCAUAA